AGUUCAGGAAUGGUUCCCAUUGCAUGGAUGUCAAAUUGUCAAUGGUUUUAAAUCACUUCGCCUUCGCCCGUGGAGAGUAUGCGACGAGGCAACAAGAGGUGGAGUGAAGGUCAUGGAUGGCGCGGUUUCAACGAGGACCGCUUUAUUUAUGUUCAGGCCCUGUUGAUUGGCAGGACUGUUCGCGUCCGAACAUCCAACAUGGCGUGUUUUGAAGGCAGGUUUCACAGCUGUUCUCAGGACCCGGAUUGCAGCAUAGUUAUCGAGAAUGCACGGGAGAUGGUGGACGGCCAACCUUCAGGGGAGGCCAUAGAGAAGCUCAUCAUCCCGGGCGAGGACGUGAAGCUCCUUGAGGCGACUGAAGUGCCCCCGUCCGAGCAGUUUGGUCCCGAAAGCGAGAAGCUCAAGGUCGCCGAAAGCAUGCUGUCGGAGUACAAUGAGGAUCACAUGACCCAGCUGGAUCCGAGCUGUAUUCCGGUGAGGGAUCGGGAAAAGGCGGAGCGCCUUGCCCGCCAGAUCGAGGCCGGAAACGACAGGCCCGCACAAGACAGCCAAGGGCAGCUGACGGAGGAGCGCCUGGCCCGAGAGAUCGAUGCCGGAGACAGGCCUGCACAAGACAGCCAAGGGCCGCUCGCAGAGGUCCCAGACCUGCAGAAGGAUGGCUCGAGUAGCUCCAGCCGCCUUGGCAGAACCAACGACCUGGCGCGCAUCAAGCGGAAGGAGGGCAUGCUCAAAGAGCCAACGGCCGGGCGCGGCUUGAACGCGAUGAACCUGGAGCUACCUAUGCAUGCCGGACGUUUGCCGCCUGGCCAGAGGAUGCCGCCGGACCCGAAGGCAAACCUGGAGAUUCAGGUGGCGCAGCAGGCGCUGCACCAACUCAAGGAGCUGCAAAACGUGCAGGGGACCGCCGCGACGCGGCAGAUCCUGCUGCGGCAGCACUUCCGCCUUGAUGAGGUGCCAGACGCGAAUUCGGACGAUGGUAGGCGCCCCAACGCCGCGAAAGGCAGGCCUUUAGACAUGAUUCAGCCGCUGCAAGGGUCUCAAAGAAGAGGACGCGAGGAGGAAGUCAUGGUGGGACCAGUGCCUGUUGGUGUUGUCACAGGUGUCGCGAACGAGCGUGAUCCCUUCAAAAGCAUCAACUCUCUGAAUCUGGAGCCAGGCCCACCAAAGCUGCUCCACAAGCUGCUGGAGGGCCGGAUCGAGCCGCCUCCCAUAGAGAGGCCUCAAAAUCAACCCGUGCAGGAGAGUGGAACGGUUGCCUCCCCUUUCGAGGGCGCCGCAACUGGGUCCGGCACUGGCAUGGAGGCGAUCCACGAGGGCAUGUGGGACGGCCACAUGCAGCCCACCGAGGCAGAGCUCCGGCAGUAUGCGCUCCAGGCGCCGCCCCAGAUGGACAGGAGGAAGACUGGAGAGGGAAAGGCCUCGCAGCCCCAGCAGCCGCUGCAACCGGGGCAGCAGCCAACCAGGCCGCAGCCCCAAGCCCUGCAGCUGGACAGGAUAGAUGACAAGCGCCGGGCCAGCAAGGACGCCCUACUGCUCUCCCUCUCGGAAGAGUUGCCUCAGCCCCUGGCCGUGGGCCGACAAGGCCGAGGUAAAGGGCAGCAGUCGAGCGAGUCCAAGAGCGGCCACGCUUUGUCAAGGACUGGCACACCCUCCAGCUUGAGUGAUGUUUGGGGCGAUCCUCGAGGCGAACCGUGCGGUCUGCCUUUGCAGAUGCUGCCAACGCGCACAAUGGAAACAAUGGGAUCCACAGAUCUUCCCGUAGAUCACGAACAAGGACACGGCUACCCUUUUGAGCCUGGCCUGAUGAAGCGUCAGUUUAUGGAGGCGGGCAAGGAGGGAACUCCACCGUUUCAGUGCAACACUCCGGGCGGAAGUCCUCUCACAACGGGCAUCGUUAUUUCGAGGUUCUUUGAGGCAGCUAGCAAGGAGCCGCCCCCCAGCGCCGCGACACAGUGGCCGCAAGCUACUGGUCAGACGUACAGGAACAUCCUGGCAGAGAGCCAACUCGCGGCCAACACGGUUCCAGGCAUGGUAAAUCAGAUGCCCAUGACUCCGCAGGCGAGCGCGCAACAGGGCGCGGGCGAUGAGGUCCAAGCUGGGUCACACAUGAUGGCUAUGCGAAGCGCUGGUCCUGAAGAUAAGGUGCACAUGCUGCCAAACCAGCGGAUGCAGGCGGCUGGCAACCCAGCUAUGUUCCAGCAGCUGAAUUCCAUGAUGCAGAUGCCGGGCCUUGGCUCCGCCCUGCCGCAGACAUUGCCGCAAGGCAACCUUUGCAUGCAGCAGCUGCAGCUGUCUCAGAUGAGUGGCAUGGGCAACGAUCAGAUGCCCCUUGGCUGGCAGCAGCAAUCCCCGCAGCAAUCGCAGCCGCAGCAACAGCAACAGCAGCAACAAUUGCCGCAGCAGUUGCCGCAGCAGCAAUCGCUGCAACCACAGCCGCAGCAGCAACCGCCGCAGCAGCAGCAGCCGCAGCAGCAGUCGCCGCAGCAGCAAUCGCAGCGGCAGCAGCAAUCGACGCAGCAAUCGCAGCAGCAGCAGCAAUCGCAGCAGCAGCAAUCGCAGCAAUCGCAGCAGCAGCAGCAGCAGCAGCAGCAGCAGCAGCAGCAGCAGCAGCAGCAGCAGCAGCAGCAGCAGCAGCAGCAGCAGCAAUCGCAGCAGCAGCAGCAAUCGCAGCAGCAAUCUCAGCAGUGGGAAGCGCUGCAACAGCAGCAGCAGGCGCAGCAGCAAUCUCCGCCGCCACCGCCGCCGCCGCAGCAGUUGCAGUCAGCGCAGGCGGCCAAUCGGCAAAACCAAGGCACAGGUGCCUCGGGUGCCGAUGGCGAGCAAGGACGAGCUUCAGGCAAGCGCGACAAGCGGAGCCGCAAGAAUGCGAAGACCCUUGCCCGCGAGACCGGCGGAGCAGGAGGCGCCGGGACGAGCCCCGGCGCUUCCAGCGGAAGCGGCGGCUGCGGCGUGGGCGUGGCCUGUGGCUGCCAGCCCAUGUGUGGGGGCUGUGGCAUGUGUGGCUGCGGCGGCUGCGGAAUGUGCGGCUGCGGGCCGUUUCCCCAGGGCUGCGGCGGUUGCAUGUGUGCUCCGUCGAGUCCCAGCGACGCAGCGCUACCCCGGCCGGAAGGCAACGCCUGCGGAGGAUGUUGUGGAUGUGGAGCGUGUACAGGUUGUAGCGGGAGCUGUUCCGGCUGCGGAGGCUGCUGCGGCUGUGGCUGCUGCGGCCCUUGUGGCUGUGGUGGCUGCGGAGGAAACUGUGGCGGCUGCGGAAACUGUGGCGGCUGUGGAUGUGGCGGACAGGGCGGUGGAUGCGGCAAUUGUGGUUGCGGCGGCUGCGGCGGCAAUGCCGGCUGUGGUGGCAACGCUGGCUGUGGUGGCAACAUCGGCUGCGGUGGCAAUGCUGGUUGUGGCGGCAAUGCUGGCUGCGGCGGUGGCUGUGGCUGCUGCGGCGGCUGCGGCGGCUGUGGUUGCGGAGGCAACUGCGGAAGCUGCGGCAACUGUGGGUGCAACUGUGGCUGUCUCCCACCCUGCAGUUCGGGGUGCAUCCCCUGCGGCUGCAAUGUGGGCUGCGGUUGCGGGUGCCCGUGCGGCUGUGGCCGCGCGGCCUGCGGCUGUAUGGAUAAUUUCCGAGGCUGUGGGAACUGCGGCGGAGGCUGCGGGAACUGUGGCGGAUGCUGCCAGUCCAUGUGUGGCUGCGGCUGCGGCAACUUCCCCAGCGGCAACGCGUGCGGCGGGUGCUCCGGGUGCGCCGGGUGCAGCGGCUGCGGUGCAUGCGGCAGCGGCUGCGGGGCCAGCGCCGGCGCCGGUGCGACGGGAGCUGGCAAUGCGGGUGGAGCGGCGGCCAACACCGGCAACCAGGAGAACUCAGGGUGCGGGGGCUGCCGCAAUUUCAAUGGCGCGAUGCCACUGGUGGGCCUAAUGCCCUUGCAGCAAGGAAUGCCUCUCGGUAUGCCGAUGGCUUUGAUCACCGGCGGAGGGCAAGGAGGCUGUUUCCCCGGUGCUUUCCUCAUGGCCUCCCAGGAUUCCAUGCCCCAAGGGCAGCAACAGAUGCAGCCGCCGCAAGGCCACCAAUAAGAGACUCCAUGCAGCAGCCUAAAGGGCAGCAGCAAACAGACACAGCUACCCACGCCAGUGAGCGUUCAAAUUGAUGACUCAGACCAAACCAGAUGCGUG